AUGCCAAAUCCACCAGCGAAAGAAGAUACUUGGGCAUUCCAAAAAAUAGGGGCCGCAUUCCCGCCAAAUCCUGUUAAGGUUUUGGGUCAACAAAAUAUGUAUGUUGCUCUUUGGUACAAGCACGGAAAGCCAAUACACGGCAGAUCUUGGAAUAAUGGCGGUGUCGUAGAAUGUUCAUUUCCCUACAAAAAGAGCGAACUAAGAACUGCCCAACAACUGGAAGGAAACAUUCAGGUGUUGCAGUAUAUAGGGGACCACAAUACUCAAGGAUUCUGGUAUGAGUGGAUCAAGUAUAAAGAUCGAUUUGAGAACACUGACGAUCGUCAAAUGUUGAAAUGUGGAGAUUCCAUUCCGAUCUUUUGGAAAGAUCGUCCAGAAGGACCACUUCUCGGAUAUGUGGAUAACAAGACGGAAAUCGCUCUAUUCUCCUGCGAUGGGGCUGUUUACGAAAAGAAAGGAGGAGAGCUGAACGAUAUGUACAUCGUCGUAAGAAACACAAAAGGGGGUCCACCAUUCUGUGAAUGUGCUCACUGCCCGAAAGCACCACCUCCACCUCCUGUGCCUCCUCCAGGACCUCCUCCUCCAAGAGUUAUGAUCGACGAAUGGAUGGAUAUACGUGCUGGAGAUCCUUGGCCAGAUAGACCUUUGGUGAAAGCGCUUGACAAAACACUGGAUAACACAAUUCCCGGAGAAAAUCCGGACCAAUACGUUGCAUUAUGGUACCAAGCAGGAGAACCAGUCAUGGGGCGUAUAUGGAACGAAGGUGGCAAAGUGGCAGCAAACUUCUGCUGGAACAAAAACGAGUACAAAGGAAAUGUUGGUUCUAUCCAGGUGCUUGUACAUCUUUCUGAGCACGUACGUGGCUUUGACUACAGUUGGAUUCCAUUCCCACAGGCAGCGUCAUUUGACAAAAGCAAGGAAUGGAUUCCCGUGCACGUUGACAAUACGAAAGGCGACAUCUCAUCCGGUGUGAUCACGUUUGAUGGAAAACAGAUUCUCGGAAAAGUCGACGUCAAGAAUGAAAAAUCAUCAGCAGGAUUCGGCGGGAAAGAAAACAUGCUCGUCGGGCCUGCUUGUGCCAGUAACACUGUAGUCUUAUGCCGCAAAGCAAGACCCGGUUACAAAUUUGACUAG